GGUCUGGUGCUAUCACCAAGAUCAGGAAUUGAAUUAGGAGGAACUAAAAUGUUUAUUGGUGGACCUUGUUAUAAACCUAAUGAUCAAAUUGUAUGUCGGUUCAACAAGACUAUUGAGGUAGCUGCUGUGUAUGUCAGCCCAGAACUAGCAUAUUGUAUCACUCCACCAUUGUAUGUUGUCGGUCUUAUCCAAGUUGAGCUGUCAUUGGAUGGUGGUGCAACAUUUAACUACACUGGCACCUUCAGAUCAAGUGAGUUCACUUUUGAAGUUUUCUUUCAAUAUUUAUUUUACUAAUAAUAUGUUAUGUUUAUUAAGCUUGAAUUUUAUCAGUUAAUGCAGGGCUUCGGUGGCGCAGUCGUCAGAGCAAGCACCUUUCACCUCUGAGAUCGUGGUUUCGAUUCUUGCUACGUACUCUUGUGAAACGAGUGGGUUAACGCUCUGCCAAAAUUCGUGGGUUUUUCUCCGAGUACUCCGGUUUCCUCCCACAAGAAAGUUGACAGGCAGAGGUGGCUGUGAGAUGGGAGGGGGGAUAACAACCCCAAUCAUCAGUGAGUGACGUUGUAAUGUAAAAUAACAAGAUAUGUGAGUGACGUUGAUUAAAAAAUAAUAACGAUAGCUAAGAUGUGGAGAAAUUUACGAAAACAUUAGCGAGAAAUGGGACGAACAAAGGAAGUUUAAAUGAAAAUAAGAUGAAUAAUAUGAUAUCCGGAAAAACAGUUUUGGUCCACGUCGUAUGAUAAGCUUUAUGGUCUAUUUUCAUCGCAACUUUGCGUAGUUAUCAAAAAAUUACUAGCCUCUGCCAUACAUAAUUAUGAUUAAAGUUAUUCAUAAGAGUCACAUGGCUGGGUAACCGCAACAGCAAUCGCCAAUUACAGCGGUCCCAAGUCGUAGGAAAGAAGAAAAGCAAGGUUAUAAUCUAAAACUGUCUGUACCAGUGUAGGUAGUACCAAUGUAAAAAUCUGUGCUGAGUGGUUAUAUUACACUCUUAAAAAAUAAGCAGAAACUCGACGUUUCGAGUGAAGGCCCUUCGUCAAGAGUUAGUAGCAGGGAUCGGGGAAAAUGCACGGGCUUUUAUACUAAGAGUAUGAAAGCAUCACGUGAGAAAAGAUUAAAUUAGAUGAAAAUAAAAUAAACCAACUAGAUGGAUUUAAUAAUAACAAAGUGUAAACAAAAUAUGUAAAUCGCAUUACAGAAUAUAGAAUAAUAUAAUUAAAAAUAUAAAAAUAUACAGGAAGUUAAGACAAUUACUACAAAAAAUAAUCAAAACAAAACACGAGUGGGAAUAAGGUAAAAGUAAUAAAUAGAGGUUGUCAAUGUCUGCUAUAGACAGGCAAGGACAAAUGGUAUCAUAGGCAAUCCAGAAGACAUGUCUUCUGGAUUGUCUAUGAUGGCAUUAAACAUAAGAAAAGCGUUCAUUAAUGCCAGAAGGGUGAACAGUGCCAAGUUUGGAUAUGAGGCGCAUUUCAUGUCGUUUGCGGCUAUCAUUACUUCCAGAAAUGGGACAGAGGGCUCGAAUUACCAUAUCUGAAACACUGUGAUUGCCAUUAUUAAAAUGUCUGGCAACAGGUUGGUUAGCAUCAUUGCCAAUAACUGCACGCCGAUGCUCACCAAACCUUGUCCUUAAACAUCUUCCAGUUUCCCCAAUGUAAAGCAUGCCACAUCUGCUGCAGGAGAUGCAGUAGAUGAGAUGGGAGGAGGCGCACGUGAAAUGGUGCUUGAUGUGAAAUUCAGAUUUAGCUGCCGAAACAAUAGUGGUAGAAUCUACAAAAUCACCCGUUUUACAUUUCGACGACAGGCAAGGAAAAGUGCCUUUCUGUGACAUCGAAGCCUGUGCUAGGGAGCUAUGGGCAAGGGUUUCACGGAUAUUUUUGCUGUGUCGAAAAGAGACUAAGGGGUUAUCGGAGAAAAUGCAAGAUGUUUCAGGGUCGUUUUUUGAAAUUGAAAGGAUGAUAGUUUAAUACUAGGGGGAUUUUGUUGUUGCCUGUGACAUUAGACACAGGGUCUGUGAGGGUGUCAGAACGGGGAAUUUGGGAGGCCUUCGAAAAGGCAGUGUCUAAUAGAGAGGUAGAAUAACCACGUUGGACAAAAAAUUGUCUCAUCUCCAGACUUUUGGCCUGAAAAUCUUCGUCUUCACUGCAGAUGCGGCGAAGACGAAGGAACUGAGAGAAGGGAAUCGACCUUUUGGUGUGGUUGUGGUGGGAAGAGGAAAAUAGAAGAUAGCUAUGGGAGUCAGUGGGCUUGUAGAACACAGAAGUAGGUAGUUUGUUACCAUUGAUUGAUACAAGGAUAUCUACGGAAUGAUACACUGGUCUCACUGAUCUCCCAUGUGAACUGGAGUGCUGGAUGAAAAUUAUUAACAAAGUUAAUAAAGCGUUCCAAUUCGACACGAGAACACGAUGCUGUGCCAAGACAGUCAUCUAUUUACCUACCAAGGUAAUCAGGGAUGGGAUCAGUGUACUGUUCGAAGAUUUGUUUUUCCACAAAACCAACAAUCAAAUUAGCAUAGUUGGGUCCCAUUUUAGUUCCCAUUGCUACACCAUUUAUCUGUUGGUAAUGCUCACUAUCAAAGGAAAAAUUGUUAAGGGUAAGCACCAAUUCAGCCAAUCGGACCAAAACAGAAGUGGCCGGUUCCUGGUUAGGGCGUUUAUCUAGAAAGAAUUUGAGUGCCCUAAAACCAUCAUGAUGCGAAAUUACAGUGUAUAAGGAUUUGACGUCCAUGGUGAAAAUGAAUUUGUGAGUGCCAUGAAAAUGAAUGUUAUGGAGAAUUUGAAGAGCAUGCUUGGUAUCCUUGAUAUAGGAUGGUAAGUCUUUAACCAAGGGUGCCAUAACACGAUCGAGAAAACUGGAGAUGAGUUCGGUGGGACAACCACAAUUAGAGACAAUAGGUCUGCCUGGGUUGUCAGGUUUGUGAAUUUUAGGCAGAAAGUACAUGACAGGUGUACGAGGUGUGAUGUGUAUGAGGUUUUUGGCGGUCUCAGGGAGAUCACCAAUUUUGAUAAAGUUAUGAAUGGUCUGAGAGAUGUUGGUUUGAUGAAUGGAAGUCAAAUGCUUGUCAACCCUCCUGUAAAAAGUGGCGUCACCCAAUUGUCGGUGGGCUUCAUUACGGUAUAAAUCAGCUCUCCAAACAACUAAGGCACCACCCUUAUCAGCAGGUUUGAUAACAAUGUCAUUACGAGCAUGGAGUGAUUGGAGGGCGCUAAAUUCAUUGUCAGUGAGGUUGGAUGACCUUUUGGGCCUAAAUUUGGGGAGUUGUUCUAUAUCAUGUCGACAUUGUCGAAUGAAUAGUUGAAGGGACCCAUAUUGGUCUUCUGGGGGAGACCAGGAAGAUUUUUUGGGGUUGAUAGCCUCAAAAACGUCCUUGUGAGGGACGAAGGAUUGAUUAUGGAAAUGUGCUUUCAGACGCAAGCGUCUGAAAAAUGAUUCGGUGUCGGUUUUAACUGAAAAAAUGUCAAGGGACCUGGAGCUGGGAACACAUUUGAGAACUUUCGCGAGGACAGAUCUCUCAGAGUCGGAUAGGGUUAAAUCGGGAGGAAUAGUUACAUCUAAAUUGGUACUAUUAGCUGAACUGGUGUGGUUUGUGGCCGGCGAAAUUGGGCGGUUGCUUAACAAAGAGUUGAACUUAGAAGCUUUGCUCGCUUCGAGGAAAGAGUAAAGUCUAGAAUUCAACACGCGAAUGAAUUGGAUGAUGUCCUUUCUUAAGGUUAUAAUCUGAAUUGUACAUUUAGAAUUAUUGACAUUAAUAUUUUUUGUUAUUGUAUUGGUGUAUUGCCAAAAGCUAGGAAAAUAUUGGUGAAAUGUUGGUUUAAUAGACCUUUAGAAGCGCUUACGUCAUUUUUAAUAGAGAGGGCUUCUGGAAUGCAUAGUGCAUUGUGGGAUACUUUCAGACCAAUAAUUCAUUGUUAGAAAAUUACCUGACGUAACCACUUCUAAGAUACAUUUAGAUGAAAAUUGUAUGAUAGGGUUGGAUGAAAUUAUUGGAUAAUGCAUGAUUGUAGAAUUUAUCCUUGUGUAAUCGUCAUUGACAGAUGUUUAUAGAUUCUGAAGCGUAAUUACAUGUUUCUGAUUUUAGUUCCUUUAGGUAGAAAUCCUCCAGAUAUACAAGGGUUAGAAGUGGAACAUUGGGCAAACUCGACUAAAACGGUCUUAACCUGGAAUCAAAACGCAAUCAACGAGUCACACAUUGACAUUGAUAUAUCUCUGUUUGAUUCCUUUGAGUUCCGUUUUCAUCAAGCUAGUUUAGCUAGCUUUAAACACGUCCCUAACUCCGGGAGCUACCAUCUUGAUUUCAGCGAGGAAAAUAUUUCUUCGACGUAAGUACUCAAAAUAAAGCACGGUGUUAAAAAAUCAUUAUAGGACCAUUACUAAAUAUUCCUAAUUUUUAAUUUUUGUGCACAAAACCGUUC